AUGGGUGGAUGCAAAACUCUUACUCCCCACAUAUGGGGAGAAUACAGCGACUCGGAGGAGACCGUAGACACACAAGUACCAGAAGGACCAACAGAGCACACCCACGCUCCCGGAGUGAUGCCAGAAUGGUGGAAUUCUACCUCUCCUCUAUCAUCCCCACCAUCCUCACUCUGCUCCCCUACUCCAUCCCCUCCACCCACUGCUGUUCGAACACGCGGCAGCCGAUCCCGCACGCCAGCACCAACACGCAACAGCAAGCCCCGGAAGUGUUUAUAUGUGCCCAAGAAAAAAGACCACUUUGAACACCCCCCAGAAGACACAACGUCGUCUUUUUACUGGCCUGAGGAUGCGGAAGGUGACACUGAAGCAGACAUUGAAGCAGAUACUGAAGACACGAAAGAUGAUUCAGAAGGGCUGUCAUCGCCUCCGCCAUCAGCGUCAUCAGGAUCGUCCGAUAAGAAUCCGGAAUCACCCCCUACAUCUCCCAUCGUCAAAACUCCGACACCUAAGAAGGAGAAGAAGAAGAAGGGGAAGAAGGACAAGACAUCGCCAGUAAAGUCCAAGCCGACACACAAAACCACGGUAGACGGCAGGAUCAAGAAGAGCAAGACACCGCUAGUAAAGUGCAAGGCAACAUAUAAGACCCCAAGACAACUCAGGCGCGAGAAGGAGAACACUAUAGAGAAAGUGCAGUGCAAUGGUCGGACGAAGAAGAACGCCCAGUGCGGGCACCAGAAGACUGUGCCAAAGGGUGAGACGUGGAACUGCGGUCGCCACAAAUAA